AUGAAUUCCGAACUUGCAAAAGCAACUCAAAGCCUCACAACAUCUGAAGGCAUGAGAAACCAAACCAAGCUUGUGAUGCAGCCAUACGCAAAUUGGGAGGAAUACCUGACUCCUGCACCACUCUCUAUAGCCAUACUGGGAGAACUGGUCUUCAUCUCCUCCAAAGAGGAUUUCUCCAUCAACAAAAACCCACCCAAGGACGGCUACAAGCACAUCAGAUACCCAGACUCAUUCCGCGCCUGUCUCAUGCAAGUGUGCAACUCUGGCUGGUGGGCUUUUAAUGAAGCCCACAAGAACAUGGAUCAGAUUCGGCUCCACACCAUGACGGUUCCAGACUACAUGAAGAACGCUGUGAAGAUUCUGUUCCAGGGAAAUGAUGAAGUUCAACUUCUCCUUCCUAUUCAGCUAAAGAACAUUCAGGACAUUGCAGACAAAUGUCUUAAACUGGCUGAAUCAACAGAGCAGCGUUUCACUGAUGUCAUUCGUGUUAUCGAAGAGAUACUGGAAGCAUGUAUAAAUGCUCAAAUUUUCUAUGGGGAGGAGCUCGAGAAAAUGAAAAAAACAAUAAAGGAAAACGAAGCGAGAGAAGAGACAGAAAAAAAAAUAAAUGAACAAAUGAAUGCGGCAGUACAGGACAUAGAGAAGGAACUUCAGGAAGCACAAAAUAAUUACACCAAAGCACUGAAUUCCUUACCUACUGGAUGGAAAGCUGAGGUGGCAGACUUUGCUCACGCCAUAAUAAAUGGUGUUUCCACUUUGUUCAGAGGCCUGUCUUCACAAGGAGAAAAUCCACAAGCCAAAGGUCAAGAAUGUGCUGCAAAUAUGACUGAUAUAAUACGGAUUUACUGCACAUCUGAAGAAAUCCUGACAUAUGCAGAUAAAAUUGAGACAUAUGUUCAAGAGGACAAAAUAGAUUGGAAAAACCUGUAUGAUCAGAAGAACAAAGAGUCAUAUUCAGGUUAUAUUGAAAAACAGCUCUGCAGAAUCAAAGACAGUUUGACAAAAGUUCCACAAUGCCAACCAAAGGAUGAUGCUCAAAAAUUGUGUACAGAGGGCAUUAACAUCUGCACUGAACUGGCAAAAUAUGCACCAGAAGAAAAACGUGAGGAAGCCAAAACAGAAGAGCUGAUUGAGAGCAUCCGAUGUUUUACAAAACAAGCCAGAAUAUUUGACAGCAAAAGCAAAGAUUACACAAAGUCUCAUCCACUGUCUCAGCAACCACCUAUGAUGAACACAAUACAUUCAAAUAGAACAUCUUGGUUCCGUGUAGAGCAGACCCGAGCUCAGAUGAAUAAAGCCAGAGAAAACUACGAGAAGAGUAUGGAGAACAUGAGGGAGAACCAACGGGAUCUGACUAAAAUCCUGAUCAGCAUGAGAAACUGUGAGCUCAAAGAGAAAGACUUCAACAAAACCAUAAAGAUGCUGGGUAAAGGGAUGGAGGCGAUGGGGAAGGUGAAUCAGCAGUGGAAGAAGAUGGUGCGGUUCUUUCAGACGGUGUCCAACAUUGUAAGCUGUAAACUGAACAAACCUCUGGAAAAUUUUGUCUCCACAGCUGGGACAGUUCAAUCUUUCUCCUACAACUCAAAGCUCUUCACCAAAGAUCUGCUCUACACACAGGUCUUUGAAGCCAGUAACGUAGCCAGCCUCGUCCACAUGAUCUCAGCAACCUACACUGACGUCUCUGAGAAGUAUCUGAUGGAUAGUGUUGGCUUACUGGGUACCAUGUUGACAAUGGAGAAGGAAAAGCCAGAGUUUAAAGAGAAACUUCAGAAUUUACGCGACUCAUGUGAUCAAGCUGAGGAACACAUCUUAGAGCUUGUCUUAAAAAAUAAGGCUGAGUUUGAAGAGAAGGUCGAUGCAAGACUGGAGAAGAUCGAUAAAGAGCUGCUGGCUAUUCUUCCCAAACCUGCUCCACAAGAGAUGAAGAGAAUUCAAGAAGAUGUUGAAAGUGGAUUUAAUGAGCAGGUGGAAAAUCAGUACUGUUAAAAAUGCUGAUUAAUUCUCAGCAAUGCUAAUGCAGCAAAUGCACAUAAUAAAAUAUGUGAUAAUAACUUAGUAUAAUUUGCAAUAAUUUAGGUUACUUAGUUUUCUGCUUGCAUGAACAAUAAAAAUAUAGUCCUUAA